CAUGAGAACCACAAAAGGCUUCGCCACCAUGCAUCUUCUAAGAUCCAAUUCCUUGCAUUGGAGAACAUCUGCUCUCCACGGUCCUCCGUCGAUAUUACCGUCCCCCUUCUUGCAUCAACUUCAAGAGCUUCUUUGAUAUCUUUCAUCAUGCAGCUUACAUCGCUGUACUUCACCUUACUGCUCUCUCUGACUUCUGGUCUACCUUUGGAGGGCGCACCGAACCGACAUCUGGCAGCACGCUCAAAGACUUAUGCAGUUGUCAACGUAGAUGGAGGCUCGUCAAUAGCAGCACAGCCAGGAACGACUACUAUAGUCGACGAUCAGACCAAAACCGUUCGAGUCACCGAUGCUGCCUCCAUAAUCACCACCACGGACAGGCUGAUAACUACAAUUGUUCCUGCUCCGACACCGACGAGUUCGACGACGUCUAUCAGCUCCACUAGCUCGAGCAGGUCGAGCAGUAGAUCUGCAAGCUCAAGUGCCACUUUGGCCAAAACGUCAACCUCGGCUCAAACCACAACCAUCCCCACGGCUGCAUUCAAUCCAGCAACGACGUCUGAGGCGUUGGCUACUACGCAAUCAGAGAAAAAUCCGGGAACCAGCCUUGUUACUGUGACCAUUACAGAAGGUCCUGCGCCAACAGAAUGGUACGAUGACGGGUUUUGGCAUACAAGAUAUGCCAUCAAGACGAAAUGGGACUAGUCUGCCUCUUCUCAGCUGCGCAACGCGGCACUUCAACGCAGACUUUGCCCAUGACAAUGUCGGAAUGUGCUUUUCUUGAACAUAUUUGAAACGAGCGGUUUGAAGGGGUGAGGUGUGGUUCGAAUGGUGAGUCUCGAUCACGGUUGAGAUAAGGAUACACGAUUCGAUGCAUCGGAAUGGCGUUUUUCAUGAUAAUGCAGUGCGCAAGACAUGAGCUUAGAAUAUGAGUUUGAGCAAUAAUCCUAGCAUAGCAACGGAGACCAUGUACGAACAUUACCUUCCUAGGGUUGCAAACA